UUAAGACCCCCCUCUCCCUUCCCAUCGAUCAAAUUUUCCUCUGCUCAUUAUUUUCAACUCCAACAAUAACUUACCCUACCCAAGCUUCAUCUAAAUCUUUCAGCUCAAAGUGCUUGUCAUAUUGACUUCUUCUUCUUCUUCUUCUUCUUCAUCUUCUUGUUCUGGUUGAAGAAAUGAAAGAUGGUGGCAGAAAACAAGGUGCAAUGUCACCAUGUGCAGCAUGCAAGCUUCUUCGAAGGAGAUGUGCACAGGAUUGUGUGUUUGCUCCUUAUUUUCCUGCAGAUGAGCCACACAAGUUUGCCAGUGUUCACAAGGUUUUUGGAGCUAGCAAUGUCAACAAAAUGUUACAGGAACUACCAGAGUACCAACGAAGUGAUGCUGUUAGUUCAAUGGUAUACGAAGCGAAUGCAAGGGUGAGGGAUCCAGUGUAUGGAUGUGUGGGAGCCAUAUCUUCUCUGCAGCAACAAGUUGAUGUGUUACAAACCCAGUUGGCACUUGCACAAGCAGAGGUUGUGCACAUGAAACUGAGCCAAGUUUCAACUUCCUUUGAACAACUCAAAGCACUUCCUGCACCAUCCAAUUCAUCCUCAGAGAACUUGUCUCCAUCCAGUAAACUUGCCAAAACCCUUUUUGCCAUGGACAUGGUCGUUGAUCAGCCAAACAUGGGAGAGUCUCUGUGGUCAUGUUAGUUCUUAGGUUACUAUAUUAAUAUUACUGUUAUUGGAGUGCAGAAAAAUGGGCAUGCAUGGCUAGCUACGUACGUACCCUUGUAUCAGUAAGGGGUUGAAUAAAGUUGAUGAUGGACUCCAUUGAAUCUCAUAUCUUCAACAAAACUUCAGCUUCUUUUUUUUUUUUUUUUUUCUCCAUCAUUUAAUAGGUUACUUGUUAUUAUGUUUCUUUUGAGUUAACGACAUUGAUAUAUUGAUUUU